AUGACUUAUUCUCCCGAAUACAAAUGGAUUGACGGUGCCGAGGAUUUGGAAAGGUAUACAAAAGGCGGCUAUCAUCCCGUCGAAAUUGGCAACGUCCUCGACAACCGAUACGAGAUCGUCGAUAAGCUUGGUUAUGGUGGCUGGUCCACCGUCUGGCUGGGGCGCGAUUCUCGCCGGAAACAGUACGUCGCCGUGAAGGUGGGAAUAGCCGACUCCUUGUCUCACGAGAUGAAGGCGCUUCGAGCACCUGAACCCUCCACAUCUUCCCCGGCUGAUGGUUCCGACGCGAUUCUACGCGUGCUUGACGAGUUCAGGGUCGAGGGCCCCAAUGGCUCUCACCCUUGCUACACCACCGAACCUGCUCUCCGUAGCCUACGAGAGUGUUCGUUCAGCCGCCUUUUCCCGCUCGAUGUCUCUCGCGCCUUGGCGUACGAACUCACCCUGGCAGUUGCUCAUGUGCAUUCUCGCGGCUAUGCUCAUGGAGCCUUCAACGACCUGUCCAUCCAGCAGUUUCGCAAGGAGCAUGGUGAGCCGCUCACGUACCCGGUCGAGAGAGUGGAUGGCAAUGCUCUUCCACCAAAUGUCCCGUCAUCAGCGGUAGUUCCACUCUCCAUGAAGAAAGAGGCGGAAAUUUUCGCACUUUCAGACGCCCGUCUACUUCUCGGCGAUUUCGGAGAGGCCUUCAUCUCGGCCGCGAAGUCGCGACUAGGGGCAGACUGCCACACGCCAGUAGACUUUCGCCCGCCGGAGGCUCGUCACGAGCCGAACGUUCCGUUGUCCUUCUCUGCAGACAUUUGGAGUCUUGCCACUGCUAUCUGGGAUAUUCUUGGCAUGCAGCCGCUCUUCAGUAGCGCCUUUACCUCCAGAGAGAAGGUCAUGUGUCAAAUUGUCGACGUCUUAGGCCCGUUGCCAAGCGACUGGUUUGAAAAGUGGGAAGCAAAGACGGAAUUUUUCGACGAUGACGGCACACCAAAGCCUGGAAGGCGUGUUUGGCCCAAGUUGGGAGAAUUAUUCGAGGAGCGCGUGCAACAGUUCCGCCGGGAAGAUAAUAUGGACGAGUUCGGCCACGAAGAAACGGCAGCGAUCUUGGACAUGAUGGGCCGGAUGUUGCAGCCCAUGCCCGAAGAACGGGUCACGAUACGGCAGGUGCUUGAAUGCGAUUGGAUGGUGAAAUGGGCUCGGCUCGAUUACCUACAAUCUCGGAAGCAAGAAAAUAGAUGA